CAUAGCAAGACAUUCCACUGAAGAAUGUAUACAGAUGUCAAAUAAACAUGAUUAAGAUGAUUGACAACUGUUGUGGUUUAUAUUUUAGAUGUCUCCUCAUAGCCUCAUGCUCUUUUAGGUAGGGCUUUUGGAAAGUGACUGGAUCAUGGAUGCAUCAUACUGGAUUAAGACUGGAUACAGACCUCUGAUUGGUCUGUAUAGCUGAGUGUGAUGUUAAGAGGUGAAGCCUGGAGAUUUGCCGCAGUGGAGCUCAGACAGCAACAGUAACAGAAUCAUGCUGGAGUUGCAAGCAUUCACAAGUUACUCAGAAUCCUAGUGAUCUUAGUCACUGCCCUGCAGAGAAAGUUUGGCUGUGCUCUCCAACAUUGUGGUGUGUACAUUUGACUCCAUUCCUCGCCAUGUCUUCGCAUAAGACUUUCAGGAUCAGGCAAUUCCUGGCCAAAAAACAAAAGCAGAAUCAUCCCAUCCCUCAGUGGACUCAGAUGAAAAUUGGUAAUAAAAUCAGGUACAACUCCAAGAGGAGACAUUGGAGACGUACCAAGCUGGGUCUAUAAGGAAUUGCACAUGAGUUCACACACAUACUUAAGCUGUAUUAAGAUCACUAUCAUUUUAUUAUAUCAAGCUUGGGCCGGCGAUUUAG